GAUUCUUGUCGUAUUAAAGCAGAUAAAAUUUAGGACAUUUAAAUUGCAACAAUCGUGGACUGUGACCAUCAUCUCCUCUCAAUUCGAUCGUUUUCAUUAUAAUUAUUACACAUAAACCCUAAAUUACUCUCAGAGAUCGAGUGCCAUAUCAUGGGAGGAAGUUCGAUUGAUGAUGAUUGGGAGUUCACAUCUCCUUCGAAUGCACUUCGAACGCUUGUUUUGGUUGGAAGAACAGGUAAUGGGAAAAGUGCAACAGGGAAUAGCAUCCUUGGAAGGAAAGAAUUUGCAUCAAAGGCAAGCUCUGCUGGUGUAACAAGUACUUCCGAGCUGAGAACAACUGUGUUGAAAGAUGGGCAGAUGCUUAAUGUCAUAGAUACUCCUGGACUGUUUGAUUCCUCUGUUGAUACUGAAUUUAUUGGAAAGGAGAUUGUUAAAUGUAUAAAUAUGGCGAGAGAUGGUAUCCAUGCUGUUCUUGUUGUCCUCUCGGUUAGGAAUCGGUUUUCAAAAGAAGAAGAAGCUGCGAUAAGUAGUUUAAGGACUCUAUUUGGGAGCAAAAUUAAUGAUUAUAUGAUUGUGGUUUUUACCGGUGGGGAUGAACUUGAGGAGAAUGAACAAACUUUGGAAGAGUUCUUAGAAGACUAUCCUGAAUCGUUGAAGGAAACCCUUAGCCUGUGUGGAGAUAGGUGUGUUCUUUUUGAUAACAGGACAAAAGAUCAAAGGAAAAAAAUGCAACAAGUACAAGAACUACUCUCUCUUGUCAACUUGGUGUUGACCAAGAACAACGGGAAACCAUACACCGAUGAGAUCUUUAAUGAAUUAAGGAGAGGGACUAUGAAGCUUCACGAACAAACAGAAGAAGUUCAAAUGUUGGAGGGAUAUACUAAACAAGAAAUAUCUGAGCUAACAGAACAAAUGUAUAAAUCAUAUGAAGAGCAGCUUAAGCGAAUUACUGAAAUGGUUGAGUCGAGGUUGAAGGAAACGACUACAAGACUUGAACAACAAUUGGCUGAAGAACAGGUGGCCCGGUUGAAGGCUGAAGAAAUGGCUUAUGCUGCUCAAGCAAAAUCCAAUGAUGAAAUCCGGAAGCUCAGAGAGAAUUUAGAGAGAGCCCAAAGGGAGACUGAGGAGCUACGAACGAGAGCUGAAAGUGGCAAAUGUGCUAUUUUAUAAACUUAUGCUUGGUGGUUCCUUUCUCCUAAAAACAUGUAUUAUAACGGUUGGAUAACCUUAACACUCGUAUAUUCCAACUCAAGUGGAUUUCUUAUAUCUUAUUAUAUAAGAUCUAAUUUACAUCGAAGUUAUAUAUAUAAUAACCGGAGUCAUUUAUUUUCA